UGGUUUCUAGGGCUCGGAUUCACAGAAUUGCAUUUACCUUGCAACCGCCAACACAUAGUAGUGGUCUUAUAAACUGCGCACUUCGUACCCUACUUCGCCUACUCUCUGCUUAUAUAUCCUCACCAAAUCGAAACCCCAAAAGUAGAAAACUGAAAGAUCUUAUAGUAUAUACGCUAUAUACACAUACCAGAGGUUCAAUUCACAAGUUUUCGAAGCUUCGUUCGCUCUCUCGUCGCGGACCGUGGGUGAGCUUGUUUGCUGAGUCACACUAUCUGUUUUACCAGUAUGGGAGACAGUGAAGCAGCGGUUGCCCAAACAUCUGCUGUUAUGGAGUAUACAUCUGCCGGCUACUCUUCCACUGAUUACGGUGAUGCAAGUUCAAAUGAUGUUCCUGAUGCUGGUGCAACUAUUGGAGAAAUGGAUGCUCCUGCUGCAAAGACUACUGGGGACAUGGCUGUUUCUGUUGCUAUGCCUGAUGCAACUACAGUGCCUGAUGCAACUAUAGUGCCCGAUGCUUCUAAUUUUGGUGGUGGAAAUGCAUACCAUACAGAUCUAAAUUCUGCCGUACAGGAAGCUCCCACUACCAUGACAUAUGAUUCCAAGAUAUCCUAUGGAGUAGCUGAUACUAGUGAGAAUCCCGUGUCUCUCGAAAAUGCAUCUGUGGAUUCAUCUCAAGUUGUUAGUCACGAUUCUUCUAUAAAUGGAAAUAAUGUUAGUGAAGCAAGAAAUACUUCGCUGAUCGGCGUUAGUGAGAAUGGGAUUACUUCAGAUGGUGUUCACGGAUCUGCUUCUGUGCAUCAGUUAAUGGAUGGUUCUGCAUUGUCUUCUGAAGAAGAACGAUUGUGGAGCAUAGUGAGAGCUAAUUCUUUAGAUUUUAAUGCAUGGACUGCUCUCAUUGAGGAGACCGAGAAGAUGGCAGAGGACAAUAUAUUGAAAAUUCGGAAAGUUUAUGAUGCCUUUUUAGCGGAAUUUCCAUUGUGUUAUGGUUAUUGGAAGAAGUAUGCGGAUCAUGAAGCACGCCUGGGCUCUAUUGACAAAGUUGUGGAUGUCUAUGAACGAGCAGUUCAGGGAGUGACCUAUUCUGUGGACAUUUGGUUGCACUAUUGUAUAUUUGCCAUAAGUACAUAUGGAGAUCCAGACACCAUUCGGAGGCUGUUUGAGCGAGGAUUAGCUUAUGUUGGAACAGAUUACUUAUCUUUCUCACUGUGGGACAAAUAUAUUGAGUAUGAGUACUCACAGCAGGAGUGGUCACAUCUUGCCAUGAUCUACACACGAAUACUAGAAAAUCCUAAUCAACAACUUGAUCGCUAUUUCAACAGCUUUAAGGAGUUAGUUGCAAGUCGGCAUCUGUCGGAGUUAAGGACCGCCGAGGAAGCUGCAGCUGCAGCAGCUGCUACUUCAGAAUCUGAUGCUCAAGAAAAUGAGGGAGAGGUUCAUCCUAAUGCUGUGGAACAGUCUUCUAAACCUGUAAGUGCAGUCUUAAGAGAUGCUGAGGAGUUGGAGAAGUAUAUCGCCAUUAGAGAAGAGAUGCACAAGAAAGCUAAGGAGCUCGAUUCUAAGAUCGUUGGUUUUGAAACAGCUAUCAGGCGGCCUUACUUUCAUGUGCGGCCCCUCAACACUGCAGAGCUUGAAAAUUGGCAUAAUUAUCUAGAUUUUAUUGAAGGAGGAGAGGACUUCAAUAAGGUUGUCAAGUUAUAUGAAAGAUGCCUAAUUGCUUGUGCAAAUUAUCCUGAGUAUUGGAUACGGUAUGUCUUAUGCAUGGAGGCUAGUGGAAGCGUGGAUCUUGCAAAUAAUGCACUUGCACGUGCUACCCAGGUCUUUGUGAAGAGACAACCAGAGAUUCACCUCUUUGCUGCUCGAUUUAAAGAGCAGAGUGGGGAUAUUCCAGGAGCUCGAGCUGCCUAUCAGCUUGUCCACACUGAAAUUUCACCUGGUUUACUAGAAGCAAUCACUAAGCAUGCGAACAUGGAACAUCGGCUGGGGAAUCUGGAAGAUUCCUGUUCAGUAUAUGAACAGGCAAUUGCUAUUGAAAAAGGAAAGGAGCAUUCACAGUCUCUGCCGCUGUUAUUUGCUCAAUAUUCUCGUUUUUUGCACUUGGUUUCUGGUAAUGUGGAAAAAGCUAGGGAAAUUCUUGAUCAAGCACUUGAGAAUGUUGAACUGUCAAAACCACUUUUGGAGGCUAUAAUCCACUUUGAAUCAAUACAGUCACUUCCGAAACGAAUUGAUUAUUUAGAGUCAUUGGUAGACAAGUUCAUUGUUCUUAACAAUGAUAACCCAAAUGCUGCAAGUAUCGCUGAAAAAGAGGAGCUAUCUAGCAUUUUUUUGGAGUUUCUGGAUCUAUUUGGGGAUGCACAAUCCAUCAAAAAGGCUGAUGAUCGUCAUGCGAAACUCUUCUUACAUCAUAAAAGUACAUUGGAGUCCAAAAAGCGCCAGGCAGAGGAUACUCUAGUUUCAGAUAAGACAAAGCUAGCAAAGUCUUAUUCUGGUGUUCCUUCAUCUGCCCCAUCAGUAAUGGGCGCAUAUCCAAGUGCACAAAACCAAUGGGCAGCAGGUUAUGCUUUACAGCCCCAAGCUUGGCCACAGGUCACACAGGCCCAAGGUCAACAGUGGAAUCCUGGCUAUGCCCAACAGGCUGCAUACGGUGCAUAUGGUACUUAUGGAAACAACUAUUCACAUCCACAAAUUCCAACGUCUGCACCCCAAACUGCUGCCUAUGGUGCUUAUCCUCCUACAUAUCCUCCUGUCCAGAGCUUCCCCCAGCAAAGUUAUGCACCAGCAGCCACACCAGCAGCAGCUUUGACUCCAGCUCAGCAGCCUACUGCAGCAACCCCUCAAGCCUAUUAUGGCAAUUACUACUGAGUAGUCAGGAUCAACCCAACCCAAGUUCGCCACCUGUAAUUUAUCCUUUGCUUCUUUGAUGGCCUCUACAGAAAUCGAGCUAUACCAUGGGUUUUUUGGACAUGAGUAUUGUGAAAAUGACACGCUUGGACAGUCGAGCAUAGUUGUGUUCAAAUUAUGUCUAACCAAAUUGGCAGUGAAAGUGUAUUUUAGUUUUUAGAAUUUGACAGCACCGCAUUCGUCUACGCACUAGUGAGAAUAUGCCACUUGCUACAUGCUGGAGCCUCAUUAGAUUCCUGGCCGGUGUAUACUUUCUGUGCGGGACUACGUGUGUGUGUGUGUGUGUGUGUGUGUAGAGGUAGGCACCUCAUAGAAGGAAAAAACCGAGUCAGGACAUGGUUUUGUGGCAGGCGCAUGAGAUAAAUACUAAUUAAAUCAGUGAUAGCUUAUUUAGUAUGUGCAUCUUUAAGCAGUUUUGAUUUAUGUGAAUGUUUAAUGGUUCAGUUUAUAUGAAGCUUUACGUAUUAAGAAUUUA